UAUCUAAAUGUUUUCGGUUUGAGCGCCAACCCAAUAUCAUAUUUGCCCAUCACAGCCAACUUCUUCCUUCCUAGCCCAACCUUGUUCUUUUAAAACAAAAAAUGCCUCUUGAAACAAGCAAGCCUGAUCGCCAGUCCACUGGUGAAGGUGACAAAAGUAGAUAUCUUGACAAAGAACUCAAAGACAUGGUCUCUGCCAUAACUCACCGCAUAUCUGGUAUUCAUAAACCCGGAUCAAGCCAGCAUGAAGAUGAUCAGGAACAUCCCGCGAGUAUUAUCACACUUGCAGGAAACAACUCUGGUGCCACAAUGCGAAGUGAGUUGGAUGACAAAUCCAGUCCCCAAGGAAUUUCACUUGGCGAGCCUGAUGCAUUGAGUACCUACGUGAACAGCAAUUUCCAAGCUGUGAACAACUCAAUCAUGCUGGGCAGCAGCUACAACACCAACGAUCCAGGCGUCCAUUUGGACGUCUCUGAUGUUAUUGAACGUGAGGGCCACAAGCCAGCAGAUAUUGCCAGAAGGAUCAGGGGAAAGAAAAAAGAAAAGGGUUCCUUAAAAAGUGAAAAUUCCGAUUAAGUCGAUGAACAAGAAAUUGCAGCUAUAACACGGUGCAGAAGUGCUGAACAGAAGUCUUGUCUAAUUCAAUAAACUUGCAUAAAAUAAAUCUUUGUAUUGCUUUACUAUCCAAGAUUAUGUUUGCUUGGCAGCAUGUAAAAGGUAAAAACUAAGGGAAUCCGAGUAUUCCCGUAGCAGAACUAUGUUUUUUCCCUGUUUAUGUCUUCGAUAUAGACAUAUACUGUUGGUUGUUUCUGCAUGAUUGUUUGCCAUAGUCUAGUGUGUCAACUAUACAAAUAAUAAUUAAGUGUUUAACCUUAAA